UUGGUUUAGUUUUGGUUCUUUUCCCCGCGGGGCACGCAAGGCCAGGGCCGGGGCCAUUCGCGUUUGCGCCUCUCCUCCCCUCCUCUCCGUCGCUCCUCCUCGAUCUCUCUCCCACUCAGCCGCGUCCCACUGGUAGCAGCGCCUUCCGUUUCUCUCCACCGACUAAAACCCUCACCGCCCACCCCCCCGCCGCGGCAGCCGGAGGCGCGGCGGCGACGACGACGUGCUUGCGCGCGCGCGCGGCCGCUCUGCUCUGCUCUGCUCGAUCCUCGUCUGAGAGAAAACCCGAGGUGCUUUUUGUGUGAAGCGGGUUUUAAGGAUGGUUCUGAACAGGGUGCUCAAGCUGUUUUGUGUGAAGAAUAAGGAUUCCAAGAAGAAAGGCAAAGCCAUCAACCCUCUUUGUAAAGUUGCUGCUCCACAUCCCACUGAGAAUGUCUGUACAAACAACAAUCUUUUGGAUCCGUUAUCAAGUGGGACUGGUACUGUACUAUCGGUCCAAAAACAUGAUCCUGAAUGUUCAAGUGUUAUUUCAUCAAUGACAAGGACAGAAUAUGGAUCUGAAAGUGAUGGUUACAAUUCAUUUAACCAAUUUGAUGUUGUUCAAGAUUUUUCUGAUCAUUACUAUGCAAAGAAUUCACCAGGGAAGACCACCAAAGAGUGGGCGAAGACAAUCCAAAAUGAAUGGAAGCUUCUACAGAAAGAUCUACCUGAAUCUGUCUAUGUUAGAGUUUAUGAGGAUAGGAUUGAUCUGUUGAGGGCUGCUAUUGUUGGGCCAGCUGGAACUCCAUAUCAUGAUGGUCUGUUCUUCUUUGAUGUUCGCUUUCCUUCUGAAUACCCACAAUGUCCACCAAAAGUUCAUUACCAUUCCGGUGGGCUUCGGUUAAAUCCAAACUUGUAUGAGAGUGGGAAAGUUUGCCUUAGCCUGCUGAACACCUGGUGGGGUACUGGAUGUGAGAAGUGGGGCAAGUCAAAAUCCACCAUACUGCAGGUGUUGGUUUCCAUCCAGGGUCUUGUGUUGAAUGAUAAACCAUACUUUAAUGAGCCAGGCAACAAAAAUUCGGCCAAUACAGCUCCUGGAGAGAAGAACUCAUUGGCUUAUAAUCAGACUACCUUCCUACUAUCCUGCAGGACAAUGAUGUAUUCGCUUCGGAAGCCUCCAAAGUAUUGUUAUCUCUUCAUGAGAUUGAAUUCGUUCUCACACACCAUUCGUCCACUGCAGCACUUCGAGUCCCUCGUUGCACGCCACUUUCAUGAUCGCGAGCGCGCCAUCCUGGACGCGUGUGGUUCAUACAUGUCUGGCACGGUCGUUGGAUCAUCCCCUGGGAACGGCACCAAGUAUCCCCGGGACAACAGAUCCUUUGCAGACUUCAAGAAAUCGCUAGAGAAGUACACUGAACUGCUCCGGAAGGACCUGGCCACAAACCGCACUCAGUUCCUGGAACUGACAAGAGACUCUUCUUCAGCUGCAGCUGCAGAUGAGAUUGUUGUCUACCAGCAGCUAGAAUCGUUUUGUCAGAGCAUGACCAUUGCAGGUUCACCUGUCUAACUGGAAAGUGAAAACCUGGGGGUGUAUAGAUCAUAGCGCGUCACACACACACUGUGUAGGUUUUUUUUGAAGGCAACCACUACGAAUUGUGGAAGGAUUCGGCUUGAGUUCAGUGGUUGCCCAUUCGCUUUAGCUUUUUCUGAUGAUACAUCAACUGGAUGAUCAAAAUGUGGCCCAAUUCUGUAAGACUUGAACCUGUUGCAUUUUAGGUUUUUUUUUAAUAGAACCUGUUGCACUAGUUUCAAUGCCUGUAUUUACAUGAUAUACCAAAUAGAACUCGUUAUAGUUUUGUUUCGGAAACGUGGCAUUGUGGUGACAACUUCAGGACAUCUUUUUAUGCUCGUACUUGUAUAAACCACCACAGAUUACAGAUUCA